GACUUGCAGCGCAUCAAGGGUCACAAUUUGAACAAAGUUAUAUUUUAGCACCUGGCUAGCAGAUGCUUGUUGAUGCGCGUGAGCAGUGUGGGUGCAAUGAUUGAAUAACUUGUAUGUGUACAUUUAUUUUGUAACGCUUGCACACAUGAAGCGAGCAGUGUGGUCAGCAUGUUACAACAAUUCUGUUAUUGUUAUUAGAGUGAUGAAAAGAACCUCAAGAAUGUUGGUGAUGACGUUGUGCUCCACCUGCUUGACGAUACACAAUUUUUCAAAAGUUCAACUCCUGUUUAUUUUACUCGUUGUGAUUGCAUAAAGUUGUUACAACUGUCCAAUUUUCAAACACACCACAUUCUCCUCUUCUCAAUUUGGAAUUGACACGAAUCAUCUCAAAACUUUGUAGUUUUAUUCUAGCUUUCAUUCUGCUUACAUCUUGCACACCUUGGAAACAAGCACCGCCUUUACAUGUCUGUUUGCAAGCAGCCAAGUAGUCAAACCAGUCCGAAUAUUUAGAACAUCACCUCUGCAAGACGUUCACAGGUAAAACGAACUAUUGUUGUAUACAUUAAAAAUAGAUUUGAUGUGUUGAGAUUUCUUUCCAAAUUUACAUUCAUAAUGCAGACAUAUGUUUUAAACAAAAGUUAGUCAUAUUUAAUUCACAUGCAUUAAUUAACUAACACAACAACAAUUAAUAUGCCUAUACUCCAUUUCUACAGAAGUAAACUCAUCAGCUGUAGUUGUACAUAGUCAUGGAUUUUGAACCUGGCCGUGGAGACAAUAAUGGAAACCUUAAGCCUGAACCCAAACCCACCAAUCCUGAUUCAACAGAGUGUGGCCCAGUGAGUCCCAAACCAAGAAAGAUUGUAGCCUUCACAGCCAAACUAAACAUUUGUGACAGCUACCCAACUCACAGCAGUAUCCUGAAGUUUGCCAACGUCCUGGUCAAUGAGGGAGACGGCUAUACUACUCAUACAGGGAAAUUCAACUGCCCGCUGGCUGGCUUGUACCACUUCACAUUGCAUAUGUCCACCUACGGCCGCACCCAGUGUAGUAUCUUAAAGAAUGGCCAGCGGGUUGUCUCAGCAUACCACACCAGCCUGCCAAACAAGUGUUGCCAGGUAGUCAGCAUUGGUAGUGUGGUUGAGCUCACUGAAGGAGACCAGGUUUGGGUUAAUCUGUGGGGACCUACAAGACAUGACAUUUUUGCUACUGAAGACAAUGACACUGUGUUUGUUGGGUUUCUUUUGGCAUAAUAACUUCAUUGCAUACUAAGAGGGUGUCCUGGUAUGUAUUUAUUUAGUGCCAAUUUACUUGUGUUCAACUCCUCAGUGGUGUAAUUAAAUUGAUAAUGCAUUUUAUCGGUUAAGAACAACGCAUUUUUUAUAUUAUGAUAAUAAUAAACACGGAACGACACACGCAUGUUGGGUGUCA